AUGGUGCCUGUGUGUCUGGUACGGCUCAAAACGGGAAGAGAAGGGAUGGAAGCUGUUCGGGAGGCGAUCCUUGGUCGGCCUCCGGACCGCUGGCAAGACUUGGGCUGGAAUAUUGCACAGUAAAGGUUUCAAUGGCUGAGUGUGAUGCUGUCACAUCUGGCUGCUCAGGGCCUCAUUCCUUCUGACCGCUCACUUCUUGGGAAAUUUCCAUAAUUCAUUGCAUUUCCAAGCAUGGCGUCCUUCACUGCCAGACCAGCUGGGCUCGAGCUCGACUCAGAUUCAGACGAUGAUUUCUUCUUCUCUUCCUACAAGGAACAGCCACAGCUGUCUCCACCAUCCAGCAGUCUGUCCGUGGGCAAUGAUGACACUGAAGACAGUUUCACAUCAUCAGCCCCACCACCUGCCAAAUCAGCGCCUCAGACCAGCCACUCUCCCUUCACCAGACAGAACAAACCGUCCGCCCCUCGGCCGCGGAACCAGGACGGCCACCCCGUGUCCCCAGAUGACCUGAAGGUGGCCGUGAUGCGGGGCGACCUGAACCGGGUCACAGAACUGGUUCAAGCCGGCCUGGACCCUGAUGUAGUCCUGUCAUCUAAGUGGACCCCCCUGAUGUAUGCUGCCCAGGGCAGCCACAGGGCCAUCCUGGAGUAUCUACUGGAGAAGGGGGCAGAUCCUAACUUUCAUAAAGAUCACUACAGUGUGCUGAUGUGUGCCUGCUCCAGUCAGCAGUCAGACCAGGACCUGCUGCCCUGUGUGGAACUGCUGCUGAACAAAGAUGUCAACGUCAACAGCCACGAUAGGUAUCACAUGACAGCCGUGAUGUAUGCAGCAAGAGAGGGGAAGGCAGGGGUGGUGCAAAGGCUCAUGGGACAGGGGGCAGAGGUCAACAAGCAGGACUCCAGAGGAUGGACCGCACUGUGUUGGGCUUCCAGCAAGGGACAUAAGGCUGUAGUUCAGACGUUGUUGGCAGGGGGCGCUGACUCAGAGAAAGUCACCAUGGACGGGAUGAGACCGGUUGAUCUCGCAUCUGCAAGGGGAUAUCAAGAGAUUAUCAACCUACUAGUAGGUGUCAGCCAAGCAUCUGAUCCUACAGGCACUGGGCCUGUGGAGACUGGGCCUGUAGCAGCUAGGCCUGUAGUGACUAGGCCUGUAGAGACUGGGCCUGUAGAAGCCAGGCCUGUGAAUGCCGGGCCUGUCUCCUCUCGGCCUGUAAUAGCCUGGUCAUCACCUGCAAGAGAUGCCAGCUCUAUGGUGAAUGGGGUUGGAAAUGGGCCAUCAGGACCGGCGCUGGUGCUGCAUCAGACUGACGAGGAGCUGCGCAGCCUGGUACAGCAGGCAGGGGACAGCACCAGGUCUUACACACGCUAUGGAGACUUGGAGAUGUUCCUGUAUGGUCUACAGCUAGGACAUCUGGUGCCUGUCUUUCAGGAACAUGCUGUAACAUUUGCUGACCUUUUGAAGAUCAAGCCUGAAGAACUAGACAAGAUGGGAAUCCGGCAGGUUGGGGUACAGAAGACGCUGCUCGCUGCUGUACGGGAUGUUCACAAGAGGGACUGGGAGAAGAGCAGCCUGCCACGCCCACAGGGGAGGGCAGGCAUCAGGUGUGACGAGGCUGUUGCAGUGCUGUCAAACAUCACCCGUCAUGUGAGCUACAUCGCCAGCACGGUGGCGUACAUCCACGAGGAGAUGGACGACAAACCUCACAUGAUGGAUCCGCGAGAGAAUGUGAAUUCUGUCCAGUGCCUGAGUGAGCAGACCUCAGAUGUGCUGGAGACUGUGCGAGGCUUACAUGAGGAGCUGAGGAGCCUGAAAACUAGACUAAUACAGAUGACCAGCUCUAGUGAUGUGGUACCAGCAGAUUUGGUGUUGGACCCGUACACAGAUAACCCGGGGUCAGGCACAGUAAGGCUGGUCCUAACCCUGGCCGCUGCCGGAGCCUUGGUCGGACUGUACUGCAGGAAGUUCUGGUAGAACCAGCAGAAACACAACAAAAAGAACAUCGAGAAAGCCCUUGAAGUCUAAUCUCCAAGUCCAAGCAGAUCUUUUGGUGGCUACAAAGACAGUAUCAUAUUGGCUUGGCAGCACCCAUUUGCCACCCCAAGUACACACAAAAAAAAAGACGCCAAAACUUAAUCAUAAGCUGAAGCCUAAAUCUCUGCUUGGAGAGUAUUUGGAGUCUGCUUAGCAUAUAACCACAACCUAAUGUUAUUUUGUUUUGUUAUUAGCCUAGAGGCAUAUUUCAGAUACAUUUUGAGUAUAUUUAUGUUUGAUACAGAUGUUCACAAAGUGCCUAACAUGCAACAAGAUAAUCAAAAUAUAUCACUUCCCAGCUUCAGUACAGUUGUAUGCUUGACAUUACUAUUGUCAUACUUGUGGACAUCGCUAAGUUAUGUUUCAUGUUUGGUACAAUUGAGUAAAAAAUUGUGCCGAGGAAAUACCAUGGUGCCUGUGCCAUGAUCAUGAUCAACUUGUUCAGAUAUUAUGUGUGAUCAACACAGUUGCAGACAUGUUGGAGAAUUUAAGGUACAUUUUGUUGACAUAACUCCAAUAAAAGUGCAUUCCAGAAAUAAAGAUGCAACAUCAUUAUUCAUAGUCACACUACAUUACAUCACACAUGUAAAUGUAUACCUGUAGAGCAUGACAGCAAAAUACUAGUAUACUGUCUACACAAAC